ACGGCCGGACCUGGAUCCUACAGGCGCGUGCUACACACACAUACACACAUAUACACACACAUAUAUAUAUAUAUAUAUACAGACACACGCAUACAUGACGGAUAUAUCCAUGCGCGCGCGAGCGGACACCCUCGCCUCGCCGGGCGAAUCCCUCCAGUGAACGGCGGGACUGGUCGCGACUAUGAGCGAAUCGCGGCCGCGAUGAUUACCGAUCCUCGUCGGCGAUAAGCAGCGGCAAUCGAACGCGAGUGCUUCCAAGUUCGCGCGAGUGUCAGCCGCCGGGACACUGGCGGCUGUCGAGGGUGAGCGCCGAGAGUGACACGUUCGAGUGACGAUCCGACUGAUUAGUCGCGAGGAGUCGAGUGCGCCGAGAGGAGGAGGAGAGAGAGGAAGAGAGAGAUAUCUGGAUCGAGGAGCAUUCGCGAGGCCGCGAAGCGGGGACGGCGCGGUAUCGGAAACAGCAGCGGUGAACAGGAUCGCAACGCGGACAGGCAGUAGUGAAAGACAGUCGCGGGCGACAAGUAGUGACAGAUCGUAACGAGGCGGGCGGACGCGGGUCGCCCACCGAGCUCGGUGAUACGAGGCUCCGCGGUGGCCGGAUCGGUCGACGGACGAUUUCGGUGGAUCAGCUGAUACUACGCGAUCCACCGCGAUAGAAACGCGAGGACCAUGGACCAACGUGGCGGGUGCCUACCCUACAUGCGGCGUGUGUCGCGACAACGGCUAACAUGCGAGCGCGCUUAAUCCACGCGUACACGCAUCAUCAUCGCGGCUCACCACCGAUGAGGAUUCGAUUAAACCUCCCGCGAGGAAGGUCAAGUACGCCAUGCGAGCGACCUAUAGGGGGCUGUAGGAGGCCCGAGAGUUUUAAUUAAAGCUCUCCCGCGGGAUUCUCAUUAUCGCGCCUCGUAUUCGGGAUUAAUUAGCCGCGGCUCGGAACGAGAGAAAGGGAGAGAGAGAGAGCGAGACAGAGCGAAAGGGAGAGCGGCGGCGACCGGGCGAAAGGGUGAUAUAGGAGGACGUGAUUUUCCCGGUGGCGCUCGUAUAUUGUGCUCGUAAUAUCGUGCAAGUUUUGUGCGACGCCUGCGAGCUCCUCGAGCCCGCUGUCGUCGCUCUCAUGGACGAACCUCUCCUCCGGUCGCGUCGCGACUGGGCUGCACCUUAUUAGUGAUCGCGACGGUUUUUAACAGCAGCGCGCUUUCGAGUGUCUUGAUCGUCGCGAGUGGCAGAUCCGACAAGAUACAAGUGGUCGUUUCAAGAGACAGGCGAGAGAGCACGUUACAUUCUCGAUGCGCUUCCGACGAUGAUGUCGAAGUGAAACAAUACUCGGCAAUUAGCAGAGCUCCUUCUAACGCACGCAAGGCGCGUAUUAUGUGAGGAGAAAGUCGCGACGAGGGAAACGAAGAUGUCCGCCGUCAGCGUCAUCGCAUGGCUGCUCGGUGCCGUCGCUUUGGCUGCGAUUAAUAAUGAAGUGCACUGCCACAAUAUGCCGCAAGGCGGUAGCGGCAAGAGCGGCGACACGUACAACCAGAACGCUCUGGAGGAGAACGCACGGACGACGGGGCCGUACUUCGACAAAUCAGCCUCGAAGAACGUGACCGCGCUCCUGGGAAAGACGACGUACCUCAAUUGCCGUGUCAAAAAUUUGGGGAACAAAACGAUGACGCUACAAGUAUCGUGGGUCCGACACAGAGACGUCCAUUUGCUCACAAUUGGCCGUUACACGUACACGAACGACCAGCGAUUUCGCGCGAUCCACGCCGCCCAUUCGGACGACUGGACGCUCCAGAUAAAAUAUCCGCAGCAUCGGGACAGCGGUAUUUACGAGUGCCAGGUUUCCACGACGCCCCACAUGAGUCAUCUAGUCCAUUUAAAUGUAAUCGAGCCAAAAACCGAGAUUCUGGGUGCGCCGGAUCUGUUCAUCAAUCGAGGUAGCACCAUCAAUCUCACGUGCGUCGUCUUGCAGAGUCCAGAGCCGCCCGCCUACAUUUUCUGGAAUCACAACGAUGCGAUAAUCAGCUAUGACUCAAACAGAGGCGGAGUCUCCGUGGUCACAGAGAAGGGUGACAGCACGACGAGUUUCCUCCUGGUGCAAGAGGCGAAGCCGUCGGACUCGGGACGGUACACUUGUAACCCCAGUAAUGCUCAACCGAAAUCGAUCACCGUACACGUACUCAACGGAGAGUAUCCCGCGGCAAUGCAGCACGGCGGUCAGGCCAAACAACCGAGGCUGUACUCUCUUCUGCUCUGCCUGUGUCUGCUACUUUACUAAUUGCUCCAUUCCAUCGCGCAUUUUCGAAGGAAGAAGUCGGAGAGCACUUUAGAGCGAAUGAGAAUGAGUGCGUUUGCGUACGUGUGUGUAGGUAGAAAGGUGUAUGUGUGUCUGUGUAAGAGAAGAAGAAAGAGAGAGAGAGAGAGGGAGGGAGGUAUUUUCGUCACACGGGUCGCGCGAAAAUUGCCCAAGUGUCAUGGAUGCUGGCGAGAUGGGACGGUGCGACGAGGCGCAUCCGACGAGGAUGCUUUUGACUGUGCACCGGAACGAUGACUCUUUCGCAACGGCGCGCCAUUUCUCGAUGCGACGACGACAACGCGCCCGGAAGGAAGGGUGCAGCCAAGCAGUGCGAUGACGCUUUUAACGGUGGCUUCGCACAGGCCACGAGGCCAUCCGAGAUCGCGAAUAAACGUGCUACGAUAAUAAUACGUGUAAGAGAGCGCGCGCACAAAUGCAUCACGAUUAUGAAAACGUAUCACAGGCGUAGUCGGGUUGGGCUACUUAUUCGCGCGAGCGAGCUCGUAUAGUUUGACAUAGUUAUACAAGAGAAAAGGCGAGUACGUUUAUUCGAGGGAUAAGUCGUAGCUCGACGUCGAUGAAAUUGCACAAAGGGCAGUUAAGAUUCGCAAACGAGAGAAUACGAUGUUCCCGGGGUGUCGCGCAGAAGUCACGGACGUUUUCAGUUUUCAUUUAAAUAUUCUGAAUAAUCGCGCCUUAAAUGAGAAUCUUCUCCAAGUCUUCGGAACAUGACUUCCCCGAUUCAUUUGCAUUUCAUCGAACAUCUUGGAAUUCCGAAUCGUUCGCUCGAUUCAGAAAGAACUCUCGAAACAAUCGGCUCUCCUCUCUCCAAGUGCGAUGGCAAAUACCUCCGGCUCGAGGAAAAAGUGAGUCUUCCGGGGGCGAGGACGCAUGGCAGAGGUGACAGAAGAUCGACCGCGGGUUCGGAUGCGAGUGCCUGGCUUCCUUCGCGAUUAAUUCGAACAGGCUCGAAGAUUGCGAGUCCACCGAUUCACUUUCCGGCGACGGGCGCAUCGAGAGGAGAAGAACAGAUGCGUUGCAGCCGCGGUUUUGACGCGGUACACGCUUCGGAAUCCGCGCAACUGGGCGACCAUCAACGAUCGACAACGACUGUACCGCUAUAUAUUCUUCCCCGACCGCAUGCACACAAGAGCCUUUUGUGCGAUCCUCGCAAUUCUCAUGUUUCAAUAUUGACGCCGCCGCACUUCCGGCGAUCAACGGGCGGCAAAAUCUCGAGUCUCUAUCGUCGUGAUCGGCGGCUAUUGCGGAAGCGAUUAUCGCGCAAUCGAAUCGUGUACGCCUCUCGACUUUCUCCUUUUGUUUCUUUUACAUUUCGCCCAGCACGUUCUCCUUCCUCGUAUCAGUCGGGUAUAAAAUCAACACGAUUUCUAGGUCGAAAUCGCUAAGUAGCGCGAUCUUUAUUUCAUUAUUCUGUAGAUUUAUAUAUCGAUUAUAAGCAAUCGUUCUUCACACUCAGAACAGUUGACGUUUAUGUAAAACGGUGAAAUUAGCUUAUGCGAAACAAUAGUCGGAUAUUGUGAAAUUCAACAGCAAUUAACGCUUCUGUACCGACAGUUGUCGUCAAAAGAUGCAAAGACAAAGACUCGCGCGGUGUAUAUGAUGGAUAUUUGCAUUAAAUCCAAUCUCGCGUUAUCUCUGAUGCGUUGUAAAAAUUCGAGGAGGAAUGGAAUUUUUUACAUUGCAAAACAAGCGAAUAUUUAUGCGCGGGAAUUGCCUAAAGGAAUCUUCUUCGACAAAUUUUUUAAUAUUAAUAGAAUUACACAAUCCAGAGCAAUAUUUCUAAAGCAAUGUAAAAUUCAUUGUUCGCGCGAGAUUUUAAGAGACAUUUGACUGAUACCUCUCUUACAAAACAAAUUAAAUUUCGUAAAUAUAAACGCACAAGAGCGACUUCUUUCUAUAUCGGAAUUAAUAAACAUAUCCUAUAAAAGUAGCACAAAAAGUAAAGUGUCGGGGGGAUGAAAAUAACAUUACGCGGAAUUUAAAUAACACCCUAUUAAUUCAAAUAUGCCCAACAUUUCUCUGUAUAAUAUUCCAUACUUUACGCCACUUCCCAUGACAAGUACGUAGUUGGACGAUGUCGGAGAAAAAAUGCGGGAAAAUAUCGCAGAAAAAAGGAGAAAAGGGAUGGAAUUUAUUCUCCUCUUCCGAGGAGAUUUCCAUGGAGAAGAGGAGCGUAAUUAAGAAGGAUCGGCCAUGCGUGCAAUUUGUGCAAUUAGCAGACGCAGGCGCAAGCGCAAGUGUGAUGAAGACGGCGCAACGAAAUCGAUCAAGCUCGUGCGAGGAAGGCGCGAGACGCAUCCGGUUCAAUUAGCCCUCGCAAUUUGCUCUUUUCAAGCAACCGCCCAUUCGUCUUGGCCGGGCAGUCGUAUCGGCAACUUCAAAUAUAAUAUCGAAUUUUGCGCAACACCCACCCUCGGAGCGAUUCAUAAUUCUUGUUCGCACCGUUCCCGUCCUAUUCGUUUCUUAUAUUGCAACGUACUUGGUCAUUUUUUAGCGAAACACGCUGUACGGAAGUUUUUUACUUAUUUUAUUAUAUUUUCUUCGGAGAGGAGAUUCUCUUCUCCCGUUUCGAAAUUAUUCUUAAAUAUUGAGGAAAGAAAUUUGCAUGAUUUUUCACUCGCAUUUACAUAUAUCUUUAUUUAUGUUUGAGAUUGAUAAAAGUAUAGUUUGAUAAAUCGUGCUAAAAUCGACAUAUUCUAUGAAUUUAUCCCCGCGUCUCAUUGAAAUGCAUAAUGUUUUAAAGAUGAUCCUGUCGAAAAGAAAAAGGUUUGAUUUUUCAAAAAUUUAUGCAACUCUCCGUCGAUUCUAUCAAUCUUUACGUGGAAAUGAUGGGAGAAUUUAAAUAUCUCGUCUCUCGUGAUUGAGUUAAACGCGCGCGUAAAAAGGUAGCUAUUACAGUCGAUUCGGCAACCGGUUUAAAACACAUUUAGGAACUUCUUGCCAUGGACGGCGCAUAAUUCAGUAUGACCGCGUUCCCGCCAUCCCGUCGACGAUGUUGCGCUCUCGUAACGAUUAAUAAAACUCGGGGCUGUCGCAAACGCGAACAGCGGAAUAAAAGCAGACGGAAAAUAUGAAUAAUGAAUGAAAAAGGGGGGAAACACGUGCCGGCCGAAAGCGCGUGCGCGAGCGCGAGCGCGAGGGACGGGCGACAUCCAUGGCGGAAGAAGGGUGGAAGAAUUAAAAAAAAAAAAAAAGUUCCCGGCUACCCCAGUAAUACAGUGGCUCGACUACGCGUAAGAACAUGCCUCUUGUCAUCAUCAUCGUCGUUGACCGGAUAAUCAAGUCCCUGUCUUUCUGGCCCGCUCCCUCCUUAUUUCCCGGACAAAAAGAGCGACCUCCGGCCGGAGGUAGACGUUUAGUGGACCUUUCCUCCCGUUCGUGGAUGGUCGCUUCUCCAUUCUUUCUCCCGACCGAGGAAAAUCGGAUGGUUCCGGAAAAAAGUGCGGUCAUGGAACGAGAGAUACGGAGGAAGAGAGAUAAGGAGAGACAAGGGGAGAGAGAGAGAGAGAGAGAAAGAGAGGAGAGUCGACGCUCACCGAUCUGCCUUCAUUUAUCAGGUUAAACGCGAGGUACACCACAUAAUGUCGUCGACGAGGUUCUCCAAGCGGAUGUACGCCCUCGCUUCUUCUCUCAUUCAUGCUGUCACGCGUACACGCACGCACAUACUAAUCCGCUCUAUAUCUCGUGCGAGCAUUGAAUUAACGCGUGGUUGAUCGCAUCAGUCGAUCGACCGAUUAAUUUGAUGUUUCAUACGACGGAAAUUAUAUCGCAGAUAGUAUCCAGAAAGAGAGAGAACUGACGUGUAUUACGCUUGUUCAAGAUGCGAAACUGCAAGGGAAGAUAAAGCUGUGUAGUGAGGUCUUUUUUUUUUAAUCUCUUGCAACAGCAGAACUAAACAAAAAGUGUCACAGAGUGUCUCGUUUUGACUAAUAGUACAUUUUUUUUAUCUGAAACAACUUUAUUUUAUCGCCCAAGUUUUAACAUAUCUAUAGAAAUUAUUAAAAUAAAUUAUUCAUAACAUUAAAAAAUCUACCAUCGAAAGCGUACGACAAAAGUCACUAUAAUAGCUCUCAGAAUGGAAAGAAUUAAGGACUCUUAUCAGAGUUUUUUCCUCGCGAAAGAAUCUUGAUUGAUAUACAAUGUGAUUAUGAGACAUUGUAAUAAUUCAAGAUUGCACUUCCAUUGCAGGACGUCAUAUUCUUCGAUACAUUUUCAAUCAUGAAGAGAGUAAUACGCCACAUCUGUGUUCAAAAGACAUUCGCAGGACAUCCUGAGGAUCGCCCAAAGACGUCUUCUGGAUACCUUCUGGACGUCUUUUGGAUAUGCAUGUUACGUGAGACUGUCGGGAGAGGAAAGGAGGCGGGAAAGGAAGAGGAAAGGCGAGGAAGGGAAGGAGAAGGACUCGAAAGUGAAGGGCGCUGCGCAAUAUUCGAGGAGUCGCGUGCAACGCGCGCCUAUCGUCGUUCCUUGGUAUUUCCAUCCACUUUUAUUCUUUACUAUAAUAGCAUCCGACAUGGAGAAUGCCGGAUUCGUGACCGGCAAACGAGACUCUCUAUGUACCUCGCGCUCGGUCAGACGGACGUGCUCGUUUUUCCCUCCCCGUUUCGCUUUUCCCGCAGCGCAGCUCUCUCUCUCUCCGCGUACGUGCAGCUGGCUUUAAUUAAAAAUGAGCGGCAUUUUUUCUCAUAUUACGUCAACGAGCUUAUCCCGUACCCGGGCUAAACGUUAUUGUUUCUCAUUUCUGACUGUUAUUUCGCCCGUCUUCACGGAUUAUUGAGCCGCGCAAUUUCUGGUAAUCGAACGACGUGAACGAAAUAAUUGUAAACGGCAUCGGAAAAUGCGAGCAGCUGUACGCGAUUUUUUCAUUUUAAUAUUGUUUUAAUUACGAGAAUUUUUUUUACGCAAUUAUUGAGUAAUAGAAGAAUUAGAAAUAUAUUCUCUUUAUUUUUUUUUUUGGGCGCAAGCAGAGGAUAAAGCGCGAAUUAGUGUCUUGCAGUCUACAUUGCGAGCAUAAUAAUAAAACACACUCUCGUCGAAUGAAUACGAUAAGCACAAAGGAACCGAAUCGCUGACUUAAUUUGCCGCUCGAGUCGGUUUACGUUACAUUUAUGUUAAAUACUCGUGGAGCAUCUCGACCGACAACUGUCUCUCCGAAAAGCGCCCAUUAAGCGCGCAAAACUAAACGUCGGUAAAACUUCUGGUUCCGGUUACAAGAUCGCUUACCGCCGCGAGAGAAUGGCGUUGCAAAGCCGAAAGCUCAUUCGUUCUCUCAGGAACAUUGUCCGAGAACGAUGGCCGAAGCCGAGGAAACCUGAAGAGACAUCGUCCAUCCAGAAAGACGUGGGAAGGAGAGAAGAUACAGCCCUCUUUCUUUAUCAUAUCACAAGCUUUCGAGUCAAUUAGGAAAGGUAGCUGCCCCUCCAUCGCGAUCAGAAUAAUUCAAUGCAAUAGCAUUUUCCUUUCACGGGAGAAAAAAUAUCAAAGGACACGCGCGCGCGUUUCGGCUCGGAAAAAUGUAUGCGUUAGCUUUUCCAACAGAUCCAGAGAUAAAAGCUGAUAUAUUCGCUACCGCCGAGUUCUCCUGCGGCGCGAAAUAUCCGCAGGUGGACCCCGCGAGUUAUUUUUCUCCUCCUCUUUAUUUUUUUUAAUUCGUUUUUUUUUAAACGUUUCGCUUUUACCCGCUCUUGCGCGGCCGGAUGAAUCUCUGUCCGCUUAGAAGUUUAUAGGGUUUGUAAGGUAAAACUUUAUACGGUUUUUAUAGCAGCGCCAGGACGAAACGGGAAUGCUAAAGCGGAUCCGCGGGCACGUACACGAGAGAGCGUGCAUGUCCUACCUAUCCUACCUGCCUAUCUAUCGGUCAAAAUGCAAUUUCGCGCGCCGAAAAAGUCGCAAGCAGCCCCGGUGAAUUUUUACACAGCCGGUCGCGCACGGUCGACGUGCUCGUGCGCUUGGUUUUAAUUUACAAGCUAAAUAGUUGAAUCAAAAAGCGGAUUGAAUCGCGCGCGGGGUGCAUUAGUAUUCAGCGACAAGCGCGCGCUGUGGAUUCCGCGCUGCUGCGAGGCCUGCAUUAAUAUCGAGAGAGGGUGUUGAGCGCCGAAGCGGACUCGGAGUGCACGCGAGGACGGACGAACGAGAGGAAAGAGAGCGCGAGGACGCUGCGGAAAAAAAGGGAAAUCGAGUAAUCGUGUAACAGCUAACAUGGAGAGGCGCGAUAGACGCGCUCGGAGAACGGGCGGUUGCCGUUUUUCAUUCGGAUAGCGGGGGAUACGCAAAUAAAAGAAGCGCGCGCGUGCCGCGAUUUCGUUAUUUCGCCUCCCCGCCCUCCCUCAGCAUCGGCGGUGCAUGCUCGACUAUGCACAAA